GCCACACACUUGUGUCUGCAAUAUUACGGCGUAAAAUGAGCGCUACGCUGGUGAACAUCGCUGAGGAAGAUUUGUUCGGCACGGUCAUACGGUACGGGUUGUAUGUUGGAGCCAUUUUUCAAAUGGUUUGCCUAGCGGCAUGCAUCGUGCUGCCCGAUUCGUCCGGUGGAAGCGGUGAUCCGGGAAGCUGGUCGCCAAAGAAUAACGACAGCGAAGAUUCUAGCUCGGAACACUCGUCACCGCAAAACACACCUAGAAGACCGUACCAUCGUAGUCGUAAGCAGGACAAGAAGAAGCGUCGUUAAACGUUAGCAAUUAAGUCCACCAGCAG